AUGAUCAUACUGCGGGAACCUCGAUCCAUCAGUAGUCGAAGCAACAUGGAACUGACUCAAUAUGAGCUCGACAAGAUGGCAGUGCGGAAUUUCAGAGAGUAUCUACGCAUACCAUCUGUGCACCCUGACGUUAAUUAUGAUGAGUGCGUGGCUUUCCUCAGACGCCAGGCGAUGGAGCUGGAUCUGCCCAUACAAAUAUUCGAGUUGGCGGCCGGAAAACCUAUCGUCAUCAUCACGUGGCUCGGGGAAGAACCUGGCCUGCCCUCUAUCCUGCUCAACUCACACAUGGACGUCGUACCUGUCUACGAUGAACAUUGGACUUACCCGCCAUUUGGAGCGGAGCAGGAUGAACAAGGAAACAUUUACGGAAGAGGGGCCCAGGACACGAAAGGCGCAGGCAUCCAGUAUUUGGAAACCGUUCGAAGGUUGAAAGCUGAUGGAAUUCGUGUACGAAGGACUAUUCACAUUUCUUACAUGCCCGACGAGGAGAUCGGAGGGGAGGAUGGAAUGAAGAAAUUUGUUCUCUCUCAAAAGUUCCGAGACCUGAAUAUCGGCUUCGCUUUCGAUGAAGGUUUGGCGCAUCCCGAGAACGUCAUCCAGGUCAUAUACGGAGAACGCAGUGUCUGGCAGAUCACCUUCCACUGCUAUGGAAAAACGGGAUCCCUAGCGACGCCACUGAAUGACACUGCCGGGCAGAAGGUUCGCGUUAUCCUGGACAGGGCAAUGGAAUUCCGACAGGCGCAGAAAGAGAAGCUCGAAUCCGAUCCAAGCCUCAGAGCCGGAGAUGUGACUUCACUCAAUCUAACCAUGAUGGAGGGAGGUGCCAGUUCCUUGGGUAACGUUCCUGAACAGCUGUCCGUCACCUUCGACAUCCGCCUGGCCGUGACGGAGGACCACGAGAAAAUGCUAGCAAAGCUACAGUCAUGGUGCGAGGAAGUUGGCCCAGAGACGUACUAUACAUUCAGGCAGAAGGAUCCGCAUUUUCAACCAACCCGCAUAGAUAACAGCAAUCCUUGGUGGCUCGUUUUCAAAGCAGAAUGCAAUAAUUCGGGACUGAAUAUACAACCAAUCAUAAACCCUCCUGCUGGGGAUAGUCGGCACCUGCGAAUGGUUGGUGUGCCCAGCCUGGGCUUCGCUCCGAUGUGCAACACUCCCGUGCGCAUGCAUGAUCACAACGAGUUCCUCAACGAGAAAGUGUUCCUGCGUGGUAUUCGCAUCUACUGCCGUCUGCUUACGGCCAUGGCCAACUUGGCGCCCUCGUACUGA